GGAACGGGAACGGGAAGGGAAACGGCAAUGGCCAAGGACCGGGAGGUAAUAAGAAUGGGCCGCCGGGACCUGAAGGAAACCAAAAAGGGCCCCCCAGGCCUCCCGGCUCUCCCGGCACGGCGAUCAGCACAGAAGCGUCACCACCUCCAAGUACUCCAGCCCUUCCACUAGAGACGACAUCGAGUGAUCUUCUUCCGCCGAAGGAGAUUGUUACCAGCACCACUUCACACUCCAGCACAACGACCACAUCAAGUACAGCCAGCCCUACAUCCACUUCAUCAAUGUCUACGACUACCACAUCCAUCGCUCUUCCUCCCCCAGAGGCAACGUCUUCUCUAGUUGUCCCGCCUCCGGAGAACACAUCUUCGACAAGUACUACGACCUUGCCUCCACCGGCAUCGGCAGAAACAACACAGAUUACACAUGGACAGACGACGAUCGCCACAAUCCCCGGGCUUAGUACCCUUGUUCCUGACAAAUCCCUGCUGGCUCCUUCCAACUCGGUUGAUAUCAGUGCCAGUACUCUCCCUGUUCUCCGGGCCACCAGGUCCUCUGUCGCAGUCAGCCCAUCCCGGACGGUAUCUGAAGGCUUGUUGCAAUCGCAGAUGACGACAGAGGUGCCUAUAAUUGGUCCGCCUACCAGUUCUACUGCUACUUCCAGCACCACUUUCCAACCCGCUGUUGGACCUGCCACACCGAAUGACACUGCCAAACCAGAGUAUACUGCCGCAAUGCCAGACAGGGCAGGCCAAGUGGCAGGAAUUGCUGUAGGGUCGAUAGCCGGUUUUGCUUUCCUCUUGACGUUGAUACUGUUUUUCUAUAAAUGGCGCAAAGGAAUAUUGUCAAAAACCCUCUCAAGCUCCGUCCAACGUCCGACAGAGAAAUGGCGGGUCUCUACAUGGACUCCUCGCCCCCAAGCCUCCGAUGCUAUGGAGAAUUCGCUCUUAACUUCGGAAGAGCCCCCAAGUGAGAGAAUACUCUGGGACUAUCAGGCAACCUUCGCAAAGCCUCUAGCCACCCAGAAGCUGCGGCAAUCCUUCCGCAAAUCUCUCACAAGACUUGUCCGUAUGAACCCACUGGCACUGAAUCCAGUCAGGGCAGGUACUGCAGGGUCGGUGUCGCCGAGGCCAAAGUCUUUCGCCUCCUCGUUCUUCCGUCGGCAUUCCGCUGCUUUGAGUCAUGCCGGCGGAUCCGGCUGUUCUAUGUCGCCGGACCAGCUGGAAGCAGAUCCUCUACCGCCAGUCCCACCCGCAUAUCUGGAACGAGGGCAAGCAUGAAGGAUCUACCUCUGUAUGAUGUCAAUGUCGCCAGAGGCGGCCAUCCUUGACCUGUCUCAUAUGCUUGAAGACUGGUUGUCCGGCAUAACUCAGGAACAGGAAGUGCCCAUGCUGGAUGCCCUUACCCACCAUGUAAGAGAAGAGCUGGGUUACGACGGCGGUGGUGACCCGUCUCGCUGCGAAUGCAAAUCCCUCGCCAUCCUUGUUGAUGAUGUCUGACCCGGUUGGAUCUCUGACACUAACCCUGUGAUGAUCUCGUCCUGGCUCAACUUGUGCGGUGGCUUGUACUCGAUCGCGACCGUUGGGACAUUUCGAUCGUCGGAGAUACGAUAUAUGCAGAACUGAUCUGCUCGAUUGCCUUUCCCCCGCGCCUUUCGACGUCGAGUUGUUUGGUUGGGUGGUCUGCGGAAUUGUGGCGUUGUUCCACUGCCACUGGUGCCCCAUAGACAUAUA